AUGACGGCGGGAGGAGCUGUUAUGCUCGUACGAGGGGCGCGGGCGCAUUCACAAGCGCUCAGCUGUGGCGGAUGGCCUGGGUCGGGGAGCUCUGGCGCUUUUGUACUGGCCUUGAGUCGUUCCCGGCGGGCUUGUAGAAGUUUCUACGAAAGCACCCGGCCAGACAGCCCCUUGCGGCCGCCCCUACCACGCCUGCGUCCGCAUCCGCUCCCGCUAUCGCUGCCCCUCCUACCCCGAAGCAAUGCGAAUGCAGCUGCGGCGCUAACAAGCUGCCCACCCCGCCAAAAGAGUCACAGCUGUGCCGGCCCUGAUAAAACGCCCACCUCCUCCACAUCUACAAUCAAACCCUCUUUUUGCUGGACUCGAGCGUCGGUCGGAUCCCAGACAAAUACACUUACGACGCCGUCUGGUCUCAUCUCAUCAAGUGCCAUCUUCCCGCAGAGGCGCUUUCAUUCUACUUCGACAUCAUCCGCUGCAGUCAUGGCUGAGCCAAAGUGGCCCGGCGCCGUUGUGCGCAAGACUUUCCUCGAGUUCUUCGAGAAGAGGGGCCACACUAUCGUUCCCUCCUCCUCCGUCGUCCCUCACAAUGACCCCACCUUGCUCUUCACCAAUGCGGGCAUGAACCAGUUCAAGCCCAUCUUCCUCGGAACGAUCUCAAAGGCCGAUCCCAUGUACUCCCUGAAGCGUGCGACCGACACCCAGAAGUGCAUUCGUGCUGGUGGCAAGCACAACGAUCUCGACGAUGUCGGCAAGGACAGCUACCACCACACCUUCUUCGAGAUGCUGGGCAACUGGUCCUUCGGAGACUACUUUAAGAAGGACGCAAUUGAGAUGUCUUGGGAGCUUCUGACAAAGGUCUACGGCCUGGACCCUUCCCGUCUGUACGUCACCUACUUCGAGGGCAACCCCGACAUGGGCCUCGAGCCUGACCUAGAGGCCAAGGGCCUGUGGCAAUCUGUUGGUGUCCCCGAGGACCACAUCCUGCCCGGUAACAUGAAGGACAACUUCUGGGAGAUGGGCGAUCAAGGCCCCUGCGGACCUUGCAGUGAGGUUCACUACGACAAGAUCGGCGGCCGCAACGCCUCUGACUUGGUCAACCAGGAUGACCCCAUGGUUGUCGAGAUCUGGAACAACGUUUUCAUCCAGUACGACCGCCAGCCCGAUAGAUCUCUGAAGUCCUUGCCUGCAAAGCACGUCGAUACCGGCAUGGGUUUCGAGCGUCUCGUGUCAGCCCUCCAGAACACCGUCUCCAACUACGCCACCGAUAUUUUCACCCCCUUGUUUCAGAGGAUAGAAGAGGUCACGGGCGCCAGACCGUACACUGACAAGUAUGGCGCUGACGACGUUGAUGGCAUCGACACCGCCUACCGUGUCGUUGCUGAUCACAUACGCCUGUUAACCUUCUCCAUGUCCGACGGCGCUGUUCCCAACAACGACGGACGCGGAUAUGUCGUUCGCCGAGUCUUGCGUCGCGGCGUUCGUUAUGCCCGCAAGUACUUCAACGCCGAGAUCGGAUCCUUCUUCUCCAAGAUUCUCCCUGCUCUUGUUGACCAGAUGGGCGAACAGUUCCCUGAAAUCGUCAAAAAGCAGCAGGACAUCAGGGAGAUCCUGGAUGAGGAGGAGGAGGCCUUCGCCCGUACCCUUGACCGUGGUGAGGCACAAUUCGAGAAGUACGCCAACGCUGCCAUCAAAAAGGGCGAGAAGAAGCUCUCUGGUGCUGAGGUCUGGAGACUUUACGACACUUUUGGCUUCCCUGUGGAUCUGACCAAACUCAUGGCCGAGGAGCGUAAGCUUGAGAUCGACGACGACGAGGUCAAGGUUGCUCAAGACAAGGCUCGUGAGGCCAGCAAAGUCGUCAAGAACUCCGUCCAGACCUUCGCAAAGCUAAACGUUCAUCAAAUUGCCGAGCUUGAGCAACAACUCAACGUUGCGAGAACGGAUGACGAGGGUAAGUACGUCAAGGGUGACUCCAAGGCCAAGGUGCAACUGAUCUACGACGGCAAGGCCUUUGUCAAGUCAACCAAGGAUGUUGCCGAGAACACUCCCCUGGGUCUGUUGCUGGACAAGACCAACUUCUACGCCGAGUCCGGUGGCCAGGUCGCUGAUACUGGGCGCAUCGUCAUUGAUGAUGUUGCCGAGUUCAAGGUCUUGGAUGUACAGAACUACGGAGGAUAUAUUGUCCACAACGGUUACCUCGAGUAUGGCACAUUGUCAUCCGGCAACGAGGUGAUCUGCGAAUACGAUGAGCUGAGGAGAUCUCCCAUCCGCAACAACCACACCGGUACCCACAUCCUCAAUCACUCUCUUCGCGAAGUCCUCGGCGACGACAUUAACCAAAAGGGCUCUUUGGUGGACAACGAGAAGUUGCGUUUUGACUUUUCCCACAAGACUGCCGUGACCAUUCCUGAGCUUAAGAAGAUCGAGGACUUCUCCAACUCGUACAUUCGCCAGAACGGCAAGAUUUACGCCAAGGAAGUGGAUCUCGACCUGGCCAAGGGAAUCGAGGGUGUCCGCGCUGUAUUCGGCGAGACAUACCCCAACCCCGUCCGUGUUGUGUCCGUUGGCGUUGAUGUCGACACGCUGCUUGGCAACCCCAAGAACCCUGAAUGGCGCAAGGUCAGCGUUGAGUUCUGCGGUGGAACCCACGUCGAGCAGACCGGGCUCAUCAAGGACCUGGUCAUCGUCGAGGAGAGCGGCAUUGCCAAGGGUAUCCGCCGCAUCAUCGCCUACACGGGCGAUGCUGCGCACCAGGUGCAGCGCGAGGCUGACGAGUUCUCCAAGCGUCUGGAUGCACUCGAGGCGUUGCCUUUCGGCCCCGAGAAGGAGCAGGAGAUCAAGACGACCCAGCACGCUCUGAACCAGCUGACCAUCUCCACUCUCACCAAGGAGGACAUCAAGAAGCGAUUUGACAAGAUAAUCAAGUCUGUCACUGACGAGCAGAAGAAGCGCCAGAAGGCCGAGGCCAAGACUGCGCUCGACACCGUUGUCGCUCACUUCGAUAAGAACAAGGACUCCAAGUGGUUCGUCGGCCAGCUCCCCAUCUCUGCCAACGCCAAGGCCAUCGGCGAGGUUGUCAAGCACUUUCAGUCCAAGGACAAGGAGCGCUCCGUCUACCUCUUUGGCGGGAGCAAGAACGAGGGCUCGGUUGCCCAUGGUGUCUAUGUUGGAACUCACCUGUCCUCUCAGGGUGUUACUGCCGAGCAAUGGGCUGCUCAAGUUAGCGGAGUUGUCGGAGGCAAAUCCGGCGGCAAGGAGCCUACCCGUCAAGGACAGGGCACCAAUGCCGAGAACUUGGAUGAAGCUGUCGCCACGGCGGAGAGGUGGCUCAAGGAGAAGCUCAACAUUUGAGCGUCAUACACGAGAUUCCCGCCAUUAUGCUGCAGAGGCAUGCCUGGCUCACGCAAUCUACUUUUUAAACGGGAAUUAGAUGGACACAGGAAUAUGGACAGGACGAUUAUGUUGUGAUCCGGACGAUCGCAUCGGAGCGGUUCACCGUCUUAUCAAAAGCUUGUCUCCCCUUCCUUACCUUGUUGUGUUUAGGAGCCAUCUCAGUCACGUAAAGUAAACAGACAAAGGCUUAAAAAUAAAAUAAAAAGAAUCGCAAGAGAAAGAGUUUCCAGUCAUCGCAAAA